AUGAUGACCAUGUUGGACAGAUUUGGAGCGGACAUCAACAAAGCCUUCCUGGCAAAACGCAAACGCUUGGAAACGUUCACCAAGUCCUCUGUGAAGACCAGCCAUCAGAAGAUUGAGCAGUUAUGGAGGGUCCAACAAAGAGACAGGAGUAAAGUGACAGAAGACUACUGCACCCAGUUCAAUGCAGUCUUCAACCAGUGGGACACAGAUGUGCAGAAGUCCAAGGAUAACGAGGAGAAACUACUGAGCAUGUUCCAGCACCAGCAGAAAAUGUUUCAGCACAUGAGGGCCUCCCAAAGCCAGAGACUGAAGACUCUCAAGCAGCUGCUAGAGCAGUACAUCCAGAGCCUUGAUACAAUGGAGAAGACCCAUGUCAGCCAGCAGGGUGAUGUACAGGGCGAGCUGCGCCAGGAAAUGGCACUGUUUCAGAAAAAGAUCCUCAUGGACACACAACAGCAAGAGAUGGCUACAGUGCGCAAGUCUCUGCAGACGAUGCUGAUGUAAAUUAUUUAGAAUGGAGCCAAGAAGAAUCAACUCCAUCCAAAGGCUUUUUGUGUGUACAUAUCACUGAGCUGGGUUGUCUGUACUGCUUUAUUUUAUAACUGUGUUCCAGAUAGCCCUUUACAAUGGCCAGAGAAGUGAUAAACAUCUCAGGAACCAUAUCAACCUUGAUUCUUUAAUCUGCAAAUACCAGUAAUGGUUCCAGGGAGAUGGGAGUUUUGAAAUCUUAAAGUAUGGUGUGUACAU